AUGGAUCUGCCCUUAGGUUAUCCUGGAAAGGGGGAGCAUCAAGUGUGCAAGUUACACAAGUCCUUGUAUGGCUUGAGGCAAGCAUCAAGGCAGUGGUUCCAGAAAUUUUCCAAUUCCAUCAUCAAGCUGGGAUUCAAUCAAUCUACUGCAGAUAACUCUCUAUUUUCUAAAGGGAGCAAUGAUUCUCUGAAUCUCCUGUUAGUUUAUGUGGACGACAUCAUCAUAGCUGGCCCAAACAAACCUCUAGUUACUGAAGUCACUGUACAGUUGCAAGGUUUGUUCAAACUCAAGGUCCUAGGUGAUUUAAAGUAUUUUCUUGGUUUGGAAAUAGCUAAGUCUGUAAAAGGCAUUCACUUGAACCAAAGGAAAUACACCCUAGAGUUGUUAGAAGAUACUGGUUUCACCAAUUGCAAACCUGCAAAAAUUCCAAUGGAUCCUGGUCUUCAAUUGGAUGGCAUUGCAGGUGAAGUUCUUGAAGACCCAACUCAAUUCAGAAGACUGCUGGGAAGGUUAAUGUAUUUGACUAUCUCAUGGCCAGAUAUUAUUUUUCCCAUAAACAAGCUUAGUCAGUUUAUGCAAACUCCAAGGACACCUCACCUUCAAGCUCUUCAUCAAGUCCUUCAAUACCUCAAAGCAGCUCCUGCCCAAGGUUUGUUCUUUUCUGCAAACAGCAAUUCCACCGUCACAACUUAUGUAGACUCUGAUUGGGGCAAUUGCAAGGAUACUAGAAGGUCAACAACUGGUUUUUGUAUCUACUUGGGCUCAUCUCUCAUAUGUUGGAAGUCAAAAAAGCAACCCACUGUUGCAAGGUCCUCAGCAGAGGCUGAGUAUAGAGCUUUAGCUUCUCUUACUAGUGAGUUAUUGUGGCUGCGGCAGCUUCUUCGUGUGUUCCAGAUUACUCUUGAUUCCACAAUGAUCAUGUGUGACAAUAAAUCAGCUAUUGCAUUGGCUGAGAAUCCAACUUCAAAUGAUGGGUCUAAACACAUAGAUAUUGAUUGUCAUUUCAUAAGGCAAUAUGUGCACUCUGGUUUUAUCAAGCUGGUAUACUUACCUACUCAUCAACAGCUUGCUGACAUCUUCACCAAGGCCUUGCCUCACUGCAAAUUCUCUGUUUUUUUGUCCAAGUUAGGCCUUCUAGACAUCUAUGCAUCUAACUUGAGGGGGAGUAUUACAACCAACUCUAGUUAG